AUGGAUCGCUGGUUAUAUGGUGGAAGCGUAUGGGCUGAGUGGACAUUCCGAGGACGGAAUUUAGGAUUGUAUGAGUUCAGCUCGGAUUUGAAUCGUUCUGAUUGGCGAUUAAUUCAUAAGCGUGAAGAAGAGGAAUUUAUGAAAUGUGAUGAGCCGAUGGGUGAUAUUCUUGUGCCGAACAGUUUCCCACUGCCACCUUUACAGAUUCUUUUGGCCAAAAAGUACGCCAAAAAGAACGGACUGACGUUCACCGAAGCACAAGAACGAGCUCCGCUGGACGUUUGUAUCGAUCCCGAAUUCGAGAUGCUCAGACCUUUCAUUAAAAAGAUUGAUCCACCGAAGAAAGCGAAAUCAAUCUAUGACGAAGCGAAUCCCGAAGUGUGGCUGGAUCUGUACGGAAGAGAGUUACCGACGAAAGUUGAAGCGUGGAAUGUGGGACCAGCAGCCAUCAGGAUACCAUUCGCAGAAGCCGAUAGCAUACCAAAACCCAGCACUAGUCUGGCUAUGUAG